AUGGGGGUCUUCCUGCGGCUGCUGCUGGGCUGCCUGCUGGGCGACCUGCUGGCCCGGCUGGGGCGGGCGCAGGAGAAGGGCGGCCCGCCGGCGGGCCUGGGCAUGGUGAUGCUGGGCAACCAGAGCGGGCUGCCCCCGGCCGAGCCCAGCGAGCCGCCCCCGCAAGCCCCCGAGGAGUGCCGCGGCUACUUCGACGUGAUGGGCCAGUGGGACCCCUCGUUCAACUGCAGCGUGCGGGAGUACCCCUUCUGCUGCGGGACCUGCGGCUUCCGCUUCUGCUGCAAGUACGUCAAGGGGCGGCUGGACCAGGACAUCUGCACCAACUACCACAAGCCCCGCUGGGUGAGCGCCGGCAAGCCCCCCAUGCGCCCCGUCGACGCCUCCCACGACCCCACCCGCGACAAGACCAACCUCAUCGUCUACAUCAUCUGCGGGGUGGUGGCCGUCAUGGUGCUGGUGGGCAUCUUCACCAAGCUGGGGCUGGAGAAAGCCCACCGCCCCCAGCGGGAGCACAUGUCCAGAGCUCUUGCUGAUGUCAUGAGGCCGGAAGCCCCCUGCACGACGGAUCAUAUGGAACGAGAUCUCAACAUCGUCGUCCAUGUGCAACAUUACGAGAACAUGGAGAACCGGCCGCCUGCCAACAACAUGCAUGCAACACAGAUGAAUAAUGUGGUGCCGACCUCUCCCCUCCUUCAGCUAACACAUCCGCACUCCUAUCCAAGCAUGGGGCAGAUCACAAACCCGUAUGAACAGCAGCCUCCAGGAAAGGAACUGAACAAAUACGCUUCUCUAAAGGCAGUGGCCGACAAGGUCAACGACGACUUCUACUCGAAACGGAGACACCUCGCCGAGCUGGCGGCGAAAGGGAGCCUGCCCCUCCAUCCGGUCCGGGUCGAGGAGGACCGGCCGUACGUCCUCGAGGGCGGUACGAUGAAGCAGAACGGGCAGAAGUCCAAAACCGCCAGGCCGCAUAUGCACCCCUUAGCGUACAAAACCUGGGACCCUAGCGACCAGUCCCUCCGCCAGCAGGCCUAUGCAACCAAAGGGAGGAACCUUGGAGGAGAACCGGCCGGGAGUGACCCGCUGACCACGCGAAGUCAGCAUUACUUACCCACUCAGCCAUACUUCAUCACUAACAGUAAGACAGAGGUAACUGUUUGA